AUGUGUCACCAAUUAAAUGCAGAUAUCCAUGAGCAAGUGCGUGCUCAUCUCGGCAUUGGCAUUGCGUGUCCCAUAAUUGGCGAUUAUAAAUACAACUACAGUCGGCGUGAUGCGGGAAAAGGAGUUCCACCUCGACUAUCCGACAUCGCUUUGCAAAACUUGGGCAUAACAGGGAACUCGUUUCGCCGAUUGCCGAUGUACAUUCAUUUGAAGGAAGUCAUCAUACCGUUGCCUGGGCGCUACUCCAGAAAAAUUCAUCUCCGUUGUCCACUUCCGCCUUUUUUUAAAUUCACUUUAAACAAAUUACGGUUGCAUUAG